CUCGACUCGAACCUUCGCUUCCACAGCUUGCUGGACAGACAUGUGGAGUGAAGUCUUGGCACGCACAGUCAACGGCAAUGGAGUGGGCGCCAUUACGGACCCGUGGCCGGUCAAAGAUAUUGUCUAUGUUGCCAUUGUCGGAACGAUUAUGCUAGCGGCCUUUUUGGAGUGGUUUCUUUGGCUAGCCGCAUUCCUCUACUGCCUCGUCAAGGUUUAUCAGAAGGCGGAGAACCUUAGCAUCAAGAUCUUGGCUGUUAUCAUUAUGGUUGUAAUGAUAUUCCUUCCGAUCAUGGUCGUCACGCUCCCGCUUCCCGCAAAAAUAACCCAGUACUUCCCUUUGGAGGUGGUCUCCUUCUUGCAGUGGUUCGCCUUCUGGUCAUUCUCCGGCCUUCUCAUUAUACCCUGGUUGCUGUGUGUCUACCAGCUAGUCACACACUCCAUUGGACGUACCACUCGGAUCAAGACCGUUCUGGAUGAGAACUCGGCGCCCAAAGUUGUUAUCGUUAUGCCCUGCUAUAAGGAAGUCCCGGAAAUCCUUUUGAGAACAGUAGAUUCACUCGUCGACUGCGAGUAUCCUCCAUCAUGCUUGCACGUCUUCCUCUCGUUCGACGGAGAUCAAGAAGACGAACUCUACUUGAACACCAUUGAGAAGCUUGGUGUCCCUCUGACUCUCGAUUCAUAUCCCAAGAGUAUCGACGUUACCUAUCGGAGCACUCGCAUCACCGUCUCUCGAUUCCCGCACGGCGGCAAGCGACAUUGCCAAAAGCGGACCUUCAAGCUGAUUGACAAAAUCUAUACGGAUUACCUCAAGCGCAACGACAACCUCUUCGUGCUCUUUAUCGACUCGGACUGCAUCUUAGACAAAGUUUGCAUCCAGAACUUUAUGUACGAGAUGGAGCUCAAGCCUGGAAGCAAGAAGAACAUGUUGGCCAUGACUGGGGUCAUCACAUCCACUACGGAGAAGAACUCUCUGAUCACCAUACUCCAAGACAUGGAGUACAUCCACGGGCAGCUAUUCGAGCGUUCUGUCGAGUCGGGUUGUGGUGCAGUGACCUGCCUGCCUGGCGCUCUCACCAUUCUCCGUUUCUCUGCGUUCCGAAAGAUGGCAAAGUACUACUUCGCCGACAAAGCUGAACAGUGUGACGAUCUCUUCGAUUACGGGAAAUGCCACCUCGGUGAGGAUCGUUGGUUGACGCACCUCUUCAUGAUCGGCACGAAAGAGCGAUACCAGAUCCAAAUGAACACAGGCGCGUUUUGCAAGACAGAGGCCGUCCAAACCUACCAGAGUCUGCUCAAGCAACGCCGCCGGUGGUUCCUAGGCUUCAUCACAAAUGAGGUAUGCAUGCUGACAGAUAUACGACUUUGGAAGCGUUACACGGUCCUCUGCACCGUUCGAUUCAUGCAGAACACGAUCCGAACGACUGCGCUCUUGUUCUUCAUCAUGGUCAUAUCUCUCUUAACAACAUCCCAGACAAUCAAGCAACUUCCUGUUGGAUUUAUUGGUAUUUCGCUCGGGCUCAAUUGGAUCCUCAUGCUGUAUUUCGCCGCGAAGCUUGGCCGAUACAAAAUCAUGCUCUACCCCCUCAUGUUCAUUAUCAAUCCGUUCUUCAACUGGGUGUACAUGGUCUAUGGGAUCUUCACAGCCGGGCAGCGCACUUGGGGAGGCCCUCGAGCCGAUGCUGGAGCCGCGGAUACGACGACCACGCCUCAAGCUGCCAUUGAGCACGCAGAAGCGAUGGGAGAUGACCUCAAUGUGAUCCCCGAGACUUUCAAGCCGGCAGCGGAGAGGCAAAAGGAUACUCGGCCGGUCCACGUCCCCCUCCAGCCAUCAGCUUUUUUGGAGGGUCGCUUCGCACCCGCAGAGCGGCUCCCCGGUGGUUGGUACCAUCAGUCCAACGACUCCGGCCUCACCUUGCCAAACACGAUGCCUCGGAACCCUCAUGUUCCUCACAUCCCUCUCCAUCCCCGCGACUCUAUCGACUCAAUGAUCACAGCCUUCUCUGCGGGCAACUCAGUCUACCUGCCCCGCCGCGUCGAGAGCUUCGUCGCUCCCGAGGACGCCCGUCUCUACCACAACACGCAGGCCACACAGCGCCCAGCCGGCGGCGCCUUCUACGAAGCCGACCGCCGAGUCCCCUGCGACCGCGAAGCCAGUUUCGCGAAGUCCAAGAAGCAGAAGUCCAUCGACUCGUUCUCGGACGAGUCGACCAACAACUCCAAGACCAACCUCCAUCUCUCGCAACAUCCCGCCCGUGGAAGCCGCAGCACCAGCGCAAACACGAGCCUGAAUUUUGCCGAGUUCCCAUCGCGGCCUCCAUCGCCGCUCGCACAUGACGCAAUUCGGGUUCCGGCCCGCGCCGCUUCCAGCAUCCCCUCCCAGUCCACCUCACUCCUUUCUACGGACCCGCAGAACUCGAACCCGUUUAACUCGCUGAUUGUCCCCCGCCGCAGUCGUCGCCUAGGCGACCGCACACCCUCGGCGUCGGGUCGAGGGCGGAGUCCGCUGGCGCGGAAGAGCUUCGUGCGGACGGCAGCAGCAGCAGAGGGAGAUGGCGGGGAGAUGGAGAUGAUGCCAUCGUCCCAGCGAGCUCGACUGCAGGAGCAUGGCGGAGACAGCAGCGGCGAGGACGAUGGCAACCACCGGAGCUCGAGCAGCGAUUGCAGCAGGCAGGGCCGGAGGCGGCUGUCCAAGCCGGCGCCGUGGUGGGAGAAGAAGUGAGUCGGAGACACGUGCUCUUCAUUCUUCAGCUCUCUCUCUCUCUCUGAACUCAAAAUUUCCCUUUUUCUUUCCCGUUUCUCUAUUCCUUCCCUUCAACGCUUUUACUU